AUGGCGGCCGUGGUCGGGGCUGCGGAGACGGCCUGCGGGCGGGAGGCAGCGGCGCCCGCGGGUGACCCUGCCGCCGAGGCCGCUGCCUUCGGAGCCACCUACCACCCAGAAGAAAACGGCGGGCGCGACCCGAGCUCCGACUGCAGUAACCGCCCCGCGCCGCGGGGUCGGAGUCGCCGGCCCCGCCGCUCCCGCUCGCGAUCGGGGUACCGCGGGCGCCGGGCCUCGCCGGCCCCGCCGCGGGGGUGUCCCAGCGUCCGGUCCUCGUCCCCGCCGUGGGCCGGCCUCGAUUUCUGGCCCCCGCCACCGCGGAGGCAACUGUUCCCCCAGCCGCCCGGACGGGCCGCGUUCCGGGGCCGCCGGCGUGGCGUGUCCCGCGCCGACUUCGCCCGGUAUCUCCGCGGGGACCCUCCCGGCGACGGCGGCAGCGAGAGCUGCUCCCCUGGUCUGUAUUCUGAUUCUUUGGAACAGAGCUUAAGGAUCACUGUUGGCAACGUCCACUUCCGUAUUCCCAUUCCCAAAUGGCGGCAGCUAAGUCAACAACUGGGAUCACCUGCCGAUAAUCUGGAUGAUGUGGACAGGGAUGACCUGACUGAUGAUUCUGUCUUCACUCGAAGCUCCCAGUGCCCUCGAGGUCUUGAACGCUAUAUUUCCCAGGAGGAGGGGCCUCUCAGUCCCUUCUUGGGACAGCCUGAAGAGGACUACCGAGCAAGAGAGGCUUUCGUGCAUCAUUCUGACUAUCUUCCCCACAUCAGUUGUCACGAUGAGCUGCUGCGGGGAGCAGAACGGAGUCGAGACAAACUGAAAGGCUCCUACUGUCUCCGACCUGAGGAAAGGAGCCGGGAGGCCAAGCGGCCCCGUUACGACGACACAGAGAAGAUCCACUGCAAGGGAGAUGAUCACCCCAGCUACCCGCCAGGGAUGCGCAACUAUGGACAGCGUAGACGAAGCCCAAGCCCUAGGCUUCUGGACCCUGAGUUUCGCGAGUUGGACCCUGCCAGGAGAAAACGAGAGGAAGAGGAGGAACGGAGUAGGCGCCUGAGUCAGGAGCUGGUGGAAGUUGAUGGUGGUGGCACUAGCCGCCCCAUCCCUGGAUUGUCAGGUGUCCUACCUGCCUCGGGGCCAGCAUUUUCUUUACACCGGCCUGAGGAAGGCUCUGUGAUGCCCAAGAAGUCCAUUCUGAAGAGGCGGAUUGAAGUGGACGUGGAGCCUUCCAUGCAGCUUGAGAGUUUUUCCAGCAGUACCAGUUCCAGCCAGGAUCACCCUCUCUACUCUGCACACCCGUCCUUUCCACUGCAUGGUGUUGUUACUGCUUUUGCCUCAAAGACUGUAGAUGAUAGUCAUGUCAGAGAGAACUUUGGAAGUUUUUUGUGCCACAAGGAGAAAUCAGGGGUGGAGCUUCAGGAACCUGACCAACUCACAGACUUUUUGCUGCCUCAUGAGAGAGCUAUCCAGGAUGGCAGUGGUUUUUCACGGAUUCUGAGUAUAUUUGCAGAAUCUACCAGUCCACACAAAAAAAGGAGACUUAGUUUCUCUGACAUUGAAGAUGAGGAGAAAUUUCUGUAUGGGGAUGAAGAGAAUAUCAAGGCAGAAUCUCCACCAAGGUUACCCUUCAUUGAGAGUGAAGUUAUGAUGCAGAGUGCUAGCCACCUGCCUUACUCAGCUCCAGCUGUGAAGCUGGAAUCAACAGAAGAGACCAAUCCAGGAUAUGCCAAGUUUCAUGAACUGGUCCAAACCUUCGGGCUGGAUUUUGUGUUAGCGGAGAUUAGUAAACUGGCUACUUAUACCCAGGAACAAUUUCAUAGUUAUGUAGAUGAGUCACCUGAAGUGAGCACUGAAAACUUAAAUCUUCAAAACUGUGAAAUGCAGGUGCCUAAACUGAAUCAAAGUCCUGUUAUAUGCUAUUAUUGCAAAAAGCCAGGACACUGGAAAAGAGAUUGCAUCAAACUUAAGCGUCGCAUGCUCUAUGAGACUUUGAACCAACUUUUGCAAUGUCCUCCCAAAUCUCAUUGAUGGGACUCCAAGCAAGUACAGGGACUUCUCCCCAGUCGCUCUCUUAAUUGACUUAAAUCAGAUCUACAGAUUGGAAACGAAUCUCUCUCCUUAUUGACCCAGAGCUUAGCUUUUGGUGCUCAACAUCACAGUUCAGUGGAGCAGAGCCCUUACUACAUUGGAAUACUGAAACAGUUCAAACAUUGUAGAUUUCUAAUAAACCUCAAAUGGUUGCUCAUUCUGAUAUUAUUUUGUGUUUAGGCUCUUUGAAAGAAAACUUCUCUUCCACCUUUAUUCUUGUAGCUUCAGAUUUAUUAGAAAAGUAUGCUGAGGACCUCCCUGGUGGCUCAAGGGAUUAAGAUGCGACCUAUGAAGCUGUCCACAGCCACUGCAGUACCAGUUUGAUGCCCAGCCAGGGAGCAACCCACAUGGUACAGCGUACCUUUCCUGUCUCACCCGCUGCUCCCCUCAGCAGUGUGUUUCAGUCAUUCUGCCUGUUCUUUUCUUUCUUUAAA